AUGGGUGCUCCGGACGUGCUGAUGCUCGUCCUCCCCUUCCUCGUGCUGUGCGGAGGGGUCUGCGGCGUCGGCUGGUGCUUCCUGGCCCGCACGCUGCUCCGCGCCCGCGUGGAGGGCUAUCGAAAGCUCGUCCGUCGUGGGGAGGAGCUGCAGCGCGCGCCCGAUGUCGAGGCUGCGCGGCGGCCGAGCAGACGGCCAGAGGGCCUCCGUGUCGCGGUGGUUGGCGGCGGGUGGACUGGCGUCCGCGUCGUCGGCGCGCUGCGCCGGCGUGGCGUGCAGCAGAUCACCGCCUUUGAGCAGGCCGCGUCGCUGGGCGGUUCUGCGUGCGGCGCGUCGCUGCAUCACUUGGGCACGGGCGAGCUCCGGCCGCCGGAGCUGCUCGCGUCGCUCGAGUCGCUCGCGCGGCGGUCAGCGGCGUGGGGCCACUUCCGCUUCCGCUCUGCGGUGCGGGCGCUGAACUACGACCCAACGAGGCGCGAGGCGACGCUGCGUGUGCAGCGGACGGACGGGGGCCGGUUCGGUGCGGAGGUCGAGUACGGGCCCUUCGACUGCGUGGUGUGGGCCUCCCUCGACGGACGGCCGAGCCCGCCCCACGAGCAGACGGUGCGGUACCAGGAGGCGUUCCAAGGGCGGAUCACACACGCGUCCGCGCUGCUGCCCGAGGAGUUGGAGGAGGCGGCAGCGAGGCUCGAGAGGGUGGUUGUGGUUGGCGCGAGCAAGGCAGCGUGCGACCUCGUCCUCGCGCUCCGCAGGAACGGGCACGCCUCCUCCCUCACGUGGGCGGUCCGCCGCCCGUACACCUUCCUCCGCCUCGAGGCGCUCGCCGACGCCUCCGCCAGCGGCGCGGCGCUGCACCUCGCCAACGGAGUCGCCGCCGCCGCAGCGCCCUUCGCCCCGCGGCUGAGCGGGCUCGUCUGGGCGAGGUGGGCGGAUGAUUGGGGCGCCUUCCGCGUGGGGGUGCUGUCGGAGGCGGAGCUCUCCUUGCUGCGCAGCACGAGGCUCGUGGUGGGCGAGCCGCUCUCUUUCUCCGAAGGCGGGAUCCACUUCUCGGGCGGACGGUGGUACCGCCACCUCAUCGCGCCUCGCUGCCCGGUCCUCGCCAGCGCGGCGGAGUGCUUCACCGGGUUCGGGCCGGCGCACGGCGAGACUGUCGCGCGGCUGCUGGUCGACCACCUCUGUGACGCGGACUCCUACUCCCUCGGAGAGGAGGAGCUCGAAGCUGAGACGCGCAGCCACUGCAGCCGCGGCCAGCAACUCUUCGGCGCGCCCCGCGGGCGGCUCAACCCCGCUCCUCAGUGGCUGCUGCUCCUCCUCGACCUGACCUCUCAGGGCCUGCUCGAGUUUACUGACCUCCGUGACAUCUUCCGCGGCGCGCUCCGCACUGUGCGACUGCCACGCGGAGCGCCGCACUCUGACGAGUGA